AUGGGGAGAAGAGCAAUCGAUAUCGGUUCACAGGGCCCACUGUCGAUUCCUGAUUCCCUAUCGAUUGCUCAGAAGGAGGUACAGUAUUGGUCCCUAAUUGCAGAUACCGACGACUGAUUAGACCCUCCUGUCACAAGGAGCAACACCUACCACUCCACCACUGGCCGCCGAGGACUGUCUGAGACUUGCCCUGGACAUGACGCAACAUCCUGUCCGCCCGGAAGAGGUGCACCGGCGCUGGCGGUUCCCAUGGCGAUGGGGCCUAGUUCAGUCCCGGGCUGUAGGCUCCUGGUCGCCGCUGGGCUGUUGGCGGCGGCUGGCUGGGCCCUGCAGCCGGAGCAGGGUCACUGUGCACAGCGGGACCGCUUCGAGGAGGAGCUGGUGCUGAAGCCGCUCGGCUCCGGCGAUGUGGCGGCCAGCUUUCAGUUCCGCAGCCGUUGGGACGUGGAGCCGGGGCGAGGAGACGGAAGCCGGAGCCGGGUCUCUCAUUACAGACUCUUUCCGAAGUCACUGGGGCAAGUACUCUCCAAAUUUGCUGUGCGUGAGUUGCACCUUUCUUUCAGUCACGGUUUCUGGAGGCGGGCGGCGUGGGGGCAGCCUUUCCUUCAAGCCCCACCAGGGGCAGAGCUCUGGGUCUGGUUCCAGCCGUCGGUUACAGAUGUUGACACUACCUGGAAGGAACUGACUAAUGUUCUCUCAGGCUUGUUCUGUGCAUCUCUUAAUUUCAUUGAUUCAACGAACACUGUUACUCCAACAGCUUCUUUCAAACCUCUUGGCCUUAUUAAUGAAACCAAUCAUAACUAUUUAAGAUAUGCAGCACUGCCAAGAGAGAUUGUGUGCACUGAAAAUCUUACACCAUGGAAGAAACUCUUACCGUGUGGUUCAAAGGCAGGAUUGGGAGUGCUGCUGAAAGCAGAGCGGUUAUUUCAUACCAGUUAUCAUUCACAGGCUGUUCAUGUCAGACCUGUUUGUCGGGAUCAUCUAUGCACCAGUACCUCCUGGGAGUUAUCACUGAGCCUAUCUGUUGUAUUUGACCUCCAUGCUGCUGGCUCCGGGAAAAGGGAAUGGUCACUGUUUAAGAUGUUUUCACGGACACUAACAGAAGUAUGUCCUCUGGCAUCACAAAGUACAAUUUACGUGGACGUCACAGACAAGGAGAAGGUGAAUGACACCUAUGAACUGAUGCCACCAGCAUUCACACGGCUUAACACGACAGUACAUGGUCAGUGGAGAUCCUAUGCUGUGUACGAUUUGCUAGAUCCUCAGCUGUACAGUGUAUCAUCACACUCCUUAAACAUAGUGUUGAAAUGGAAACCAUCUAAACAGUUUGUGGCACCUGAAGUGCCCGUCUUCCAUGCAGAGCGAUAUGUGAGUGGCUUUGGCCUUUGGACAGGAAAGAUCAACACCUUGAUCUACAAUAAUCACCCCUACCGAUCAUUCCCAGUGUUGCUGAUGGAGGUUGUACCAUGGUACCUUCGGCUCUAUGUCCACACACUCACCAUCAACACUAAGGGCAGGGAAAACAAACCAAGUUACAUUCACUAUCAGCCAGCAAAAGACAGAGAGUGCCCUCAUCUACUGGAGAUGCUAAUUCAGUUGCCUGCCAAUUCUGUCACGAAGAUCGGCAUCGAGUUUGAACGAGCUCUAUUAAAGUGGACAGAGUACCCUCCUGAUCCCAAUCAUGGCUUCUACGUUGGCUCAUCUGUUCUGAGUGCACUGGUGCCAAGCAGUGUAACUAUGGAAGCCAACAACACCAAACCUAUGCCUCUUUUCAAUAAACUGUUUCCACUCAUUGAUCCCUCGGUUUACUUUGUCAGGCUCUACACUGAAGCCUUGCUGGUGAAUUUACCCACGCCUGAUUUCAGCAUGCCCUAUAAUGUCAUCUGCCUGACUUGUACUGUGGUUGCAGUUGGUUAUGGAUCCUUCUACAACUUGCUCACAAGGACAUUCCAAAUCGCCGAGCCUGCUGGUGGGGUGGCAAAGAAGAUUGCUAAUGUAAUCCGUAGACUGCGUGGGGUUCCACCCAUCUGAAGUUGCCACAUAUGUGAAAGUGGGGCUGGGAAAAGCACUGAUAACCAAAGUCAGCAACUGCCCCUGAGUUGAGUUAUCUGUAUUUCAAUGUCUCAGUUGUUUCACAUGCUCUUCAGUUGAAAUGAAUUGGGUACUGGAAAACUUUGUGCUGUGCAACUGCUGUUUUCACCAGGUCAGGCACUGUGAACGAUUUGUUGGGAGUGGGAGGUGUGCAUUGAGCUGCUUUUUGUGCAGUAUGCAGUAGGGGGAGGAGGAAACUAUUCAGCAAAACUGAAAAUCUACAAUGUGUGGUGUCUAUGCAUUUUAAAUAGUUAUAUCUAGUGUCCUUGCUGGAAACGCAGAUCCAAAUCUCUGCACACACCAGCUGCUUUAGUUCACUACAUCUUGAGGCUGAUUUUUAUAAAUGAACACUGCAAACUGAAGAGGAUGGGGUUGUCAUUCAGUUAUUAUCCAUAGCUUGGGGUGCUCUGCUAUGCUUUAUGGCUGAGAGCCCCAUUUUGUUCUAUCAUUUACACUCUGGUUUGCAUUGACACCUUGGCAGCUAGCAACAGACACCUUUUUAGAGUUCAUUGGUCAGUCACAUUGCAAAUGCAAGCCAUCAAGACAAUGGAGUUUGCAACAGGCAUUUAACUCCUAAUAGCAUUUAUGAAUGGCCUCAUUCCAGUGGGAUUGACAAAAAGAAAGUUUGGAUUUUAUUUUUUCACUGAUAACAAGCUCUUGGAAAGAUUUUGCAGUGGUUUAAAUGGGGUGAUUUUAUAGUGGCUGUCUCACACUUUUAAAGUACAAUUUGCCUGGUUUAUGGUGUUUCCCCACUCUUUUCUAUGAACUCUGCCCUGAACUUCACACUUGUUUUCUUCAAUUUCCUGUAGCUUGUGAGCUUUAAAACUCCUCUUUCCAAUCCUCCCAUGACAUUAAAUAACUUUUGUGUAUGAUCUUGUAAAUGAGUUAAUUCUCCUUUCUGUACAUUAGGGUUUCCUGUAAAUGAACUUCCUCCCCCCCCCCCCCAUUCAGGAAGUACUCCACUGGUUAUGAAAAGCUAAUUCUUCAUUUCUAGACCCAAUUAUAGUGAGAAAUUUUGUCCUCACUUCUAAUCUUAUGGAGUAAUUGCAGUAUUAUGUUUAAGAGACAGUGAACAUUGAGUGAUGUUGCAAUUUCACAGGAAAGGUUGUAGCAGUGAUUGGAGUUAUGGAUAGAAUAUCUAUAAUUGUCAUCAAAUAUCUUUUGUCUGCAGUGAAUAAUGGGAUUGAAGAUACUGAAUUGCUGUAAGGUGCUAUGUUUGCACCCCUAAAACUCUACUCUGAGUUCAUCUACUAAAUAAAAUAUUGUCUGCUCUUCCUGGGCCUAACUGUGUUUCAGACUGA